AUGGAUUUGUUUGUAAUAAAUAGGUACAAAGAAAAUAAUGAAAAAGAUGACUUGAUUAAUCAGGAAACAUUACACCUCCAAAGAUUAAAACAAAAAAUUGAAGAAAGAAAGAAAACACACCGAAAGUCCCAGAUAAAUAAUGAUGUUAUAGUUAUUAAAAACGAUGAGCCUUUAACAGAUUCUGGUCCUCAAGAUAUUCCAGCAGAAAAUAAAGUAUUUGAACCUGAACUAAAGUCAGGAGAAGAGAAAUCAAAUAAUGAAAUAAUAGCAAGUAACAAAAAGAAGUCAGAAAAAGUUGCCACUGAAUUUAAAGUAUUGGGCACUACGGACUUUGAAAAAAAAUCUAAAGUUGAACGAGUACUUCCAUAUUGGCUAUCACAUGCUUACAGUGUGUCAAAAAACCUUCAAACACUAACAUGCAAAGUUGAAGAUCAAAGUUGGCUACAUAAUACUCUUCUCACCACCUUGGCAAGUGAAGGUGUGACACACUUGUUUCCAGUACAAGAGCAAGUGAUUCCAUUCAUUAUACAACAACACCAACAUCCUGAACUUUUACGACCACAUGAUAUAUGCGUCUCUGCUCCUACUGGCAGUGGAAAAACGCUAUCUUUUGUUUUACCAAUUAUUCAGGUAUUAAUGAAUCAAAUUGGCCAUCACAUACGAGCAUUAGUUGUGUUACCUGUACAGGAACUUGCCAUACAAGUUGCACAAGUUUUUAAAAAGUAUUGUACUAAUACAGGAUUAAGAGUUCAAUUAUUAAGUGGGUCUACUCCAUUACAAAAAGAACAGCAACAAAUUAUGAGAUUCACGGAAACCUUGAAAUGGAUAUGUGAAAUUGACAUAAUAGUUUGCACAGCUGGCAGAUUAGUGGAGCAUUUGCAAAAUACUGAAGGUUUUUCACUGAAAAAUUUGAAAUUUCUGGUGAUUGAUGAAGCUGACAGGAUUAUGGAUAAUAUUCAGAAUGAUUGGCUUUAUCAUAUGGAAAAGCAUAUAAAAAUGGAGAAUCAUACAUCAAAUAAGGUCCCACAUCUAAAUUGGGUUGGUUUAAACUCACAGACAUCAUCAGUUCAUAAACUUUUGUUCUCUGCAACAUUGUCUCCGGACCCCGAGUUGUUAGAGGAGUGGGGACUCUUCCAACCAAAACUAUUUUCAGCAGUUCCCAUCCAAGACCACCCAGAUAGCAAUGUAUCCAAAAAAUACACAACACCAGAUGAAUUACAAGAACAAUAUGUUGUUUGCAGCGCAGAGGAGAAACCUCUGAUAUUUUAUUACUUCUUUGCUGAACUCAAAUGGGACAAAACUCUUUGUUUUACAAAUUCAUCUCAAUCAGCACAUAGAUUAACAGUUCUCCUCAAUAUAUGGAGCAAAGGAAACCUAAAGGUGGCUGAACUCUCAGCUGCUUUAGACAGAACUAGUAGAGAACUGGUUCUAAGAAAGUUUAAGCAAUCAGAAAUUAAUGUUAUUAUAUGCACAGAUGCCUUAGCCAGGGGUAUAGAUAUACCUGACUGUAACUAUGUUAUAUCUUACGACCCUCCAAGGAAUAUUAAGACAUAUGUCCAUCGAGUUGGCAGGACGGGCCGUGCUGGGAGAAUUGGAAAUGCUGUUACAAUAAUUGUACAUAAUCAAGUGCAAAUGUUUAAGGACAUACUUCAAUCUGGUGGAAAAUCUGAUAUACCUCAAUUAGAGAUGCAGAAAGAAAUUCUACAAGACUUAAUGCCAGGAUAUCAAACUGCAAUCCGUGAAACAAAGCAAUCAAUUGACAAUGAAAUUCAUGAAAAAGUGAAAAAAUCUAAGGAGUUGAAGAGAAUGUCAAAAUCGAAGCCUCGGAAAAGAAAACAUAAUGAAAAUAAGUCACUGAAUGUACCAAUGGAAUAA